CAUCUCUCGGUCGGUUCGUUCGUGCCCGUUGGCCGCGUUCUCUCUCAGUCGCAAACGUCGCAGCGGGACAUGGCACCUCGGCAGACCAGGGAAUCGCGACCACGCACCGGUUGAUAGGAGUUUUAUAGAAGAGCGCGUGACCAACGGCUACGGCAGUAGCAGAACACGACGGCUCCGUGACCACGUGAAGCGGCUGGGCCUCUUGUGAGGGGGAGGUCGAGAACCGCGAGCCGUACUCCCCCCUUAGAGCGUCCCUUCCCAGCGAUGAUAGACCCAAGCUCGUCCGAAGAAGAGAGUGAGGAGGACCAGAGCACUCACCAUGGAGGCGGCGGUGGUGGCGGCGGCGGUGGUGGUGGCCCCGGCCGCGCCGGGAGCGGCAGCUCCCACGGUUCCCGCCGUCAUCCCGGAAGUAUCGGGAGCGGCCCGGGUUCCGGUAGCGUCGGCUCGCUCGCCUCGGGCCUCACCGCCUCGCCGGGCGGCCCGAACCACGUGGGCCCGCCGAGCACCGCGAGCACCUACGGGCCCGGUGGGAGCCGCGGCGGCGCCGUCGCGGCGCCGCAGGAGGCCGCCGGUGCUGGCCUGGACGUCCCCAAUCUCACCAGCGCCAGGAACUCCCUGUCGCCGUCGAUGAGCGCGGCCCAGGACGCCGCGAAUUACGCCCAGCGGCCGACCAGCCCGUCUCCCUCGGUGGCCAGCGAGAAGACGGAAGCGGAGUUGCAAGAUAAGCAAGAGAGGGAGGAGGAGCAAAGGAAAACUCGGAUUCAGCUUUACGUCUUCAUAUCUAGAUGCAUCGCUUAUCCGUUCAAUGCCAAACAGCCGAUGGAUAUGACGCGAAGGCAGAUGAAAGUAACGAAGCAACAAUUGGAGACCAUAUGUUCUCGUUUUCAGAGUUUCUUGAAGGGUGAGACGCAGAUCAUGGCCGACGAGGCAUUCCACAAUGCCAUACAGAAUUACCACGACGUGUUCCUAAAGUCGGACCGAGUGGUACAAAUGGUGCAAAGCGGUGCAUGCUCCCAGCUCGACUUCCGCGAGGUAUUCAAGAAGAACAUUGAGAAGCGUGUUCGGAGCCUCCCGGAAAUCGACGGAUUGAGCAAAGAGACUGUGCUUACGUCCUGGUUGGCCAAAUUCGAUUGCAUUUUAAAAGGUACUGGUGACGAGGACACCAAACGGCCUUCCAGGAUGCAACAGCAGUCUUUGAACUCGGAGCUGAUACUGUCGAAGGAGCAGCUGUACGACAUGUUUCAGCAAAUCCUUGGCAUCAAGAAGUUCGAGCACCAGCUUCUGUUCAACGCCCUCCUGUUGGAUUCAGCCGACGAACAGGCUGCCGCCAUCAGGAGGGAGCUGGACGGUCGCGUACAGAAAGUCAACGAGAUGGAAAAGAACCGCAAGCUCAUGCCCAGGUUCCUUCUGAAAGAGAUGGAGUCGCUCUACAUCGAGGAGCUCAAGUCGUCUAUCAACCUGUUAAUGACAAAUUUGGAGUCGUUACCGGUCUCCAAGGGUUCGAUAGACAGCAAAUACGGGCUGCAGAAGCUGAAGCGCUACAACCAUCGUGGUGAGCGCUCCCGCUGCCGCGGUCAGGGUUCCCUCGCUAAACUGGAGGGCGACUCCGCCGAUUCCGAUCCCCAGCUGACGAAAAUGGACGUCGGCCUGACCUUCCAACUGGAAGUAGUCGUAAUGGAGGUCAAGGGCCUUAAAAGCCUAGCACCCGAUAGAAUAGUUUAUUGCACCAUGGAGGUGGAGGGUGGCGAGAAGCUGCAGACCGAUCAGGCCGAGGCCUCCAAGCCUAUGUGGGACACACAGGGUGACUUCACGACGAUGCACCCGCUGCCGGUGGUCAAGGUUAGACUGUACACCGAGAACCCGGCGAUGCUCGCGCUCGACGACAAGGAAUUGGGCAAGGUGAUCCUGCGGCCCACCCCGCUGUCGUGCAAGGUGCCCGAGUGGCAUCGCAUGACCGUGCCCAAGAACUGCGCCGAUCAGGAUUUACGCAUGAAGAUCGCCUGCCGCAUGGACAAGCCGCUAAACAUGAAGCAUUGCGGCUACCUCUACGCGAUGGGCAAGUCCGUAUGGAAAAAGUGGAAGAAGCGGUACUUUGUGUUGGUCCAGGUCUCGCAGUACACAUUUGCGAUGUGCUCGUACAAAGAAAAGAAAAGCGAGCCGUCGGAAAUGAUGCAGCUCGAUGGCUAUACAGUGGACUAUAUCGAGGCCGUUUCUGCUAAUCUCAUGGUCGGCAUGGAUUUGGAGGGAGGAAGGUUUUUCUUCAACGCUGUGCGCGAAGGCGACAAUAUAGUAUACGCUUCGGAUGACGAAAACGAGUGUCAUUUGUGGGUGAUGGCGAUGUACCGGGCGACCGGCCAGUCGCACAAGCCUACCCCGCCGGUUUCCGUAGCUGACAAAAAUUCAACCAUCAGUAAGAUUCAGGGUGACGCUGACCGUGCAAAGAAGCACGGCAUGGAGGAUUAUAUCAGCGCAGAUCCGUGCAAGUUCGACCAUCAUGGUCUAUUCAAGUAUCUGCAGAACUUGAUCCUGGACUACAGACUGAACGAUCCUUACUGUUCGCUCGGCUGGUUCUCGCCCGGUCAAGUUUUCGUGCUGGAUGAAUACUGUGCCAGAUACGGCGUGCGCGGGUGCUUUCGGCAUCUCUGCUAUCUUCACGAUUUGUUGGAUAGAAUCGAUCGUGGGCUUAUGAUAGAUCCGACGUUGAUACACUUUAGUUUCGCCUUCUGUGCCACUCAUGUUUACGGUAACACAACGUCCGCCGAUGGCGUGGGCUCGAUUACUCACGAGGAAAAAGAUAAAUUUCAGGAGAUUAAGGAACGGCUCAGGCAGAUUCUCGAGAACCAAAUCACUAACUUUAGGUACGGUUUUCCAUUCGGGCGUCCGGAGGGCGCGUUGAAAGCGACCUUAUCCCUCCUGGAACGCGUCCUUAUGAAGGACAGUGUAACGCCCGUGCCGCAGGAGGAGGUGAAAGCCCUGAUAAAGAAGUGCUUGGAAACGGCGGCGCUGGUAAAUUACACGAAAUUGUCCGCCGAGGCGAAGAUCGAGGACGACCUUAGCGGCGAGGUGUGCGUGCCUUCCAGCAAAAAGCUGGAGGACCUGAUACACCUCGCCGAGUUGUGCGUCGACCUGCUCCAGCAAAACGAAGAACAUUAUUCGGAGGUAGCGUUCGCCUGGUUUAGCGACCUUAUGGUGGAGCACGCCGAGAUCUUCUGGUCGCUAUUUGCCGUCGAUAUGGAUAAAGUGCUCGCAGAACAACCGCCAGACACGUGGGACAGCUUUCCGCUGUUCCAGAUAAUGAACGAUUAUCUUAGGACCGAUGACAACUUGAAGAACGGGAGAUUCCAUCAGCAUCUACGCGAUACGUUCGCGCCGUUGGUGGUGCGUUACGUUGACCUUAUGGAAACGUCGAUCGCCCAGUCGAUUCACAAGGGGUUCGAGAAGGAACGAUGGGAGAUCAAGGGGAACGGUUGCGCUACGUCGGAGGAUCUAUUCUGGAAGCUGGACGCGCUGCAAUCGUUUAUCGGCGGAUUACAUUGGCCCGAUCAGGAGUUCAGGCAGCAUCUCGAGCAGAGAUUAAAACUGAUGGCGUGCGACAUGGUGGAGUCGUGCAUUCAGAGAACCGACGCGGCCUUCCAGCAGUGGCUUAAGAAAGGCGUGACCUUUAUCUCUACAGAUUAUAUCAUACCGUCGGAAAUGUGCGCUAUGGUGAACGUUAUUUUGGACGCCAAGAAUCAGAGUUUUAAGCUUUGUACUGUCGAUGGCGUCGAUGUGCAUCAAUAUCACGCCAAGAUCGAUGACAUGAUUGAAAAGACAUCAGCAGGAAUGAAUCAAGGAAUGAUUAAUAAGCUUAUAACAGUAUUGGAAGCGACGCUGUCUAAGCUGUCUCGUUACGAUGAGGGUUCCCUCAUUGGCUCCAUUCUCAGUCUUACGAAGGUAUCAGGAAGCGGGAAGGAAAUGGGACAAGCCUAUGUAAACUUCAUGAGAAAUUGUAUAGAUCAGAUUCGCAGCAAAGUCCUUGAUGAAUUGUGGAUCUUGAAUUUCUUCGAGCAAUGGUACACGGCGCAGAUACAAAUGCUAUGUAACUGGUUGUCCGAGAGACUCGAUCAUAGCCUGCAUUUGUAUCAAUGUACCUGCUUAGCUCACAUCGUGAAGAAGAUCUACACUGACUUUGAGCUCCAGGGUGUCAUGGAGGAGAAACUCAACACGAAGACAUAUCAGACUAUAGACAAGAGGAUGAAGACGGAAGAAGCAACUUGUGCCUUAACCAUGAGCGCUCAGAACGAAGAAGGGCUUUCGGAGAAUGGCAAUGAUGACGAGGUGGAGAGACCUAAGACAAAAGUGACGAUCGUUGAGACGAUAACGGAGGACGCGAAUUACGUGGCCAAUCUGAGCAACGUCACCUCGAAUGUUGUUGGCAAAGUCGGUAGCAUGUUCGGCAAGGGCAUCGGCGGUCUUUCUACAAAAUUCGGCUCAGCCAGCAAUUGGUUCUAGUUAUUGUUUCUAGCACUCUGCCAGUAAACCUUACAUUCGACUAGUACGUUCCUUCGUCUAAAUAAGGGGAUGCGAACGGGAAGACUUCUAAAGGCGUAGACAGUAUCCUAUAGGCAGUACGAUGAUCUAGAGUUUCGUCCAUAUAAACGAAUGGUACGAUUAAACGAUGCAAUCGAUCGGAUCAGUUGGCUUUUGUCGUCUAGCAGAUCGUUUCGGUUUCAUUGCGGAUUCUCUCCUCGAGAAAGGGGAGAGAAACUUCCGGUUUUCGCCGCGUUUCAAUGCGCGUGGGGCUACAAAAUUACUUAUUGAUCAACCACGAUCGCGCAGGACUUAAUUGUUGAUACAUUUACGUUUACUUAGUCGAUAGCUUUCGGAUUUGAGAUAAUAAUGCAUAUUAGACACGUUAACGAUACGCGCGUUGAGAAUUAAAACGCGAACUCGUUUGCGGGCUCGUUUUAAUUAAUCGAUUACGUAUUUAUGUUUGAUCUCAGGUAAUAGCGGGGAAAAAUAAAACAUAGACGAAAUAUAUUCGGAAAGGCUGAUUGUGCGAUGAACACGUACGAUGUAGGCCAGAGUGUAAACGCGUAGAUAUCUAAUCAUAUUACAAAAGUAUAUGUAUAUAAACGUACAUUACAUAAACGCAACGUGUAAUUAUGAGAUAUUCAUACAUUCCCGUCGUGGUCUGCAUGCGCCAGGCUAACGUCGUUAAUAUAUACUAGCUGAAUUGUCAGAGCACAGAAUGCAGAUUUUUCCUAUCUAGUCUGUGUAUACCGCGAGUUGUUUUUGCGGAUUUAGUUAUGUCGAGGGAUAAGAGCACGGACACGUGUAUUUCGCGUAGGCCGGAAAAUAUUCUCAGGUCGAUUGCAACGUUACUUGGAUAGAACGUGGUGGGCGCGCGAUAAAACGUGGAAACGCGAAAAAAUCUCCCGGAAAAUAGAGGUGGGAAAACGAAGUGGGGGCGGGGGGGGGGGGAGACCGCGAUUAACGAAGCUGCUGCUUAAAGAAUUUCUUUUCUUUUGCAAUCAACGAGGCAAUGCUUUUUCAUGCUGUUAGAUACGAUCGCUGUUAUCUGUUGGACGACCAUUCGCCGGAUAGUUCGAACGUAUCUCUCGUAUCGUCGCCAUAUAAAGUCGUGAAACAGAGAACAGGAAGGGACGUUUUUUUGUAAUACAAAAUGAUAUACGAAGUAGGAAAAUCUAUCGAGAGAUAUUUCUUUUCCGGCGAAUCCAGCUAGAGUCAAAAUUUAUCGUGCAAGAAUCUUAAUUAUUAUUGGAAAUUUUAUUAUAAUUGAAUAAAAGUUCUUGCAAAAUUAACAUAAAUUUUUAAUAAAAGUUUUUGAGAUAUUAAAGUUGAAUUAAAAUUAAUUGUAAAACAAUUAUAAAAUAAGGCUUUUUGUUAUUUCUAUUUCUGAAAGUUAAUUGAUAAAAUAUCUAUAGCAGACUUUCGCGUUCUGUGUAUUGAUCUGUGUCUUAAAAUAUUUUUUCUGACCUGAGGCACUUUGUACAAGAAUUAAGACAGUUGAUAUCAUUCGUAUAUAUCGCAUGUGAUGUGCAUAAUAUUCAAGAUUAGGUUGUGAUAAAACUCAAUUAGCAGUAUUGCCAAUAGCUCGUGUUAAUUAAAUGAUAAAAACAAAUUAAUUCCAUUUGUGUUAAAACUAUAAAAUAUAUUAAAUGUUACGAUCCAUCAAAUAUAUAUUAUAAAGAGGAAAGACAAGAAUCUGCACCUUGAUUUAAUAAUAAACUGUUUUGCUUUCCAUAUUGGCAACUCUGCCAAUUGAGUUAAUUGUCGAUUAAAGUUAAUCAGAGUUAGUCGAAGUGGCUCUGAGUUUAACAUAUAAUUUGCACGAGUAAUCGACACUGAGAAAAAAAAGUUGUUGAUUUGACUAAAUUUUUCAACUUGAUUAAACUUCUUCCAUUCAACUAUUUGUGUAUUUCGAAGUUCAAGUAUUCUAUGUAUUUCAGUUAAUUGCAUAAAUACUUGAACUGAAGAAAUUUAAUCCUGUUAAAAAAUUUAGUCAAAUUAACAACACUUUUUUCUCAGUUUUAUCAAUAGUUUCUCCAACGGCAAUAAACAAUAGGUAUCUCAAUGUUUAAGGUUAUAUAUAUAUUUACUUAUCUUAUGUGGUUUCUUUCCGAUGGUACUAUAAUUAUUAAGGACUCACGCAGGGAGGUUUGAACAUGCUAAUGUUAGACCGCGAUCGAAUGGUCGCCGAUAACCAUCAGAAGCAGUGAGCGUAAUAGCACGUUAUUUUUUAUCUGUGUUACAUUUAUGCUAAUUUACAAUAACUGUAGCUAAGUUUUAAUUAUACAAAUCUGUACUUGAUAUUAAUAUGUACUAUAGCGUAUCGUAUAUAUUUAUAAUAUAAAUAUCGCGAUUCUUUAUUUGCGAGCAGAAAAUGAACGCGAGCGGAACGAGGUGCUCUUCUAGCGAGAGAGAGUUGCGCUUUCAGAGAUCAAUCGGAGGAUUCUCCGUUUAUCAACGGAUAUCGUUAAAAUAAUUAAUUUUAACGUCAUUCGACGAUAAGGGAGGGGUUCUUUUUUGUGAAAAUCGUACGAAGAUUAUUAAUAUCCUGCGGAGCGUUGAAAUUCUUCAGUAUGCACCGAACGCAAUGUGCAUUCACUUGACAAUGUUUCAUUCCUAAGAGUAACUCUUGAUGCACAUGAUGGUGAAACUUUCUGAGACGGUCGCUGACUCGGGAGCAAUUCUCAAUCGCGUUCGCUACAUGCGUUUACGGUCGAGAGUCGCUUAGCUCGAGAGCGAUUCUCAGAAUCGAGUACGAAGUUAUAACGGCAUUGAAAUACUUUGAAUUUUGCUCCAAUCGCGAUGUGGAAAGAAAUAUAUAUCUUUUUUAGCCUUAUUUCCUUCUUGUUAUCGUCGAUAACUAAAACGUCGAUGCUACUAACGUCCUGUGAAAGAGCAAGUGUUAUGUAGGUUUACAUUGCAAGAAAGCCUUGUCUCUCGAUUACGAGACGCAUAUAUAUUUUCAAAACCUCACGAUAUAUAACGUUCGUAUAUAUCAAUGAAUAUUUUUAUUCAGCUUGAUAUAAACUCUUGAAAGUGCAUCAAACGCGAAAGUAUAACAACGAAGCAGGAUGAAAAAUGUACGUCCCCCCUCCGCACCCUCCCCCCCGAAGAAACCCUUAGCCCAUGUCUUGUUUUGUGUUGCGGCAUGCCGUGAUGGAAUUAAUUUUCUAUGCACUUCCACUUUUCAAAGCAACGCGCGAGGCAAAUUCUAAUAAAAUCGUACUCAUAUCGAGCUCCUCGAGCUUUCUCUGUCUACCUCAAGUCCUAAGAAGCAUGUCGCUAUUUGUUAACGUGAAUUGAUUUUAGAGCAGAUGAAACAGUAAGAAGCGAUAAAGCAAUCAUAAUUGAUUUGUAACCGAGGCUUACAUUUUGAGAUAAAACGUGCAAAUCUUUUCCUCAAAAUUAAAUUCCAACGAUUUGUAUGGUUCAUCUAAAAACACGUAUAUAUACAUAGAAUUCAGGACACAAAUAUAAAUUAUUGCCAAAUUAUUUUGUUUAAUAUCGAUUUUUCACUGCCCGAUCAGCGACGGACACAUUUUUCACCCUACUUCGGCGAGUAAGGCGGUAAAAUUAAACGUACAAGAGGAGGAGGAGGAGGAGGAAGAGAGGAAAUACACACUACAAAAAAAAAAAAAAACGUUAGCGAUCGCGCGAACGCGAGGCGAGGGAUUUACUAUUCGUUUGUACAUACCUUUAGCGGUGGCGAAACGGGAAAGAGUAAAUUUUUUAUAUGAUACCAAAAAAAAAGAAGAAGAAGAGAGAGGGCUCGGCGCGAGAGCGGAGCGCGGAAAUCUCAGGCGAGUGUUUGAAGGGCCGUUCUGUCCACGCGCACGCGUUGCAAGAGCAAGAGAUUCGCAUUCGAGGAGAUUCGCAAUGACUCGACAGCCCAGUUAGGGCGAGAGCCAAAAACUCUUAGGGACGAUGUUAUGCUUUUCAUCGUCGGCUUUCGAACUUGACAGAAUAUUUUUUGAUGCAUCGCACGUUUACAGAAUAGGGCGACGAAAAGCGAGCUCCCUUAUUCUCUCUCUCUCUCUCUCAAUCUCUCAAUCUCUCUAUCCUUUCUCUUUGUCUUUCUCUCUCUCUCUCUCUUUUUCUCUACCUAUCUGUCACUCUCUUUCCCUCUUUCUCAUCGGAAUUUGACAAGUGCAUGUUAGUUUGCUAACUAAAGGAUGAGAUGAUUGUUAUACACUUCGUAUAUAGAUUCUUUUAGUCUCUAUACUGUUACGCGUAUUUUCGGUGAAUCCCCCCUAAAAAAAAAAAAGGAAAACGCGUUCGGCGUUGCGGGUCAAAAGUUAUAUUUUUGCGCUCGAUUUUCGGUUCCGAUUGGUGUAUUUUUUUUCAAAAUCGAGACGCGCGAAACGCAACAAUGGUGCCUGAUGAAAAUGCCUCUAUCAUGCUUCGGAAUUUUUCCUCGUCGUAUUAAGAGUCACGAAAUUGAUCGAAAUAAGUUUUUCUAAACAGACUUCCAGUAUACUUUUAUCGAAGUUAAAAAUUGGCGAGAUCAUUUUUGAUAAUUAGAUAACAGAAUUUAAUUCAAUCUCGACUAAAAGCUGAUCUUAUCGGAAUAUCAAAUUUGAACUGUUACGUUCAAUAUUGACACAACAUUUGACGUUUGCGCGAAUUACCGGAGGAAGCAAGGAUGAUUCGGAAGCCUGAUGAGCGCGUUAUUACAGCUACUUGAAUGUUUCGCCACUAGCAUCGCAGCGGCCAGCGAGGCGUGAUGUAAUCGCACGAUUUACCGUCGCGACGAUGUAUAUUGAUAUCGAUUAAGUAAAACGCGGCCUUACACACACACACACACACACACACACACACACACACUUCAGUGAAAAAUAAUACAUCGAAUUGACAUCGAUUUGACAUCGAAAUCAUCAUUUUGAUGUCGAUUCGACAUCGAAUUGAUGUCGAAUUCAUUAUCGUUUCUCGCUGAGACACACACACACACUCCAGUGAGAAAUAAUACAUCGACAUCGAUUUGACAUCAAAAUCAUCAUUUCGAUGUCGAUUCGACAUCGAAUUGAUGUCGAAUUCAUUAUCGUUUCUCGCUGGGACACACACACACACACACACACAAAGAUACACACACAUACCCCGAUAACUGUCGUCACGAAACGUAAUGAGAUUUUACGAAAAACGCGCGAGCGAGACUCGUUUUUAAGCUCGGGGGAGUUGCAAAGGUAGGAGAAAGAAAAAACGAGGGAAGGGAAACGAAGCGAAGUUUAGAAAAAUAAAAACUAAAUUACUAUACUAUACUUAUCGAUGCUAAACGACGUUAGAAUUAUUAUGAUUAUCGUGGUUAUUCUUACUAUUGGUAAAUAAUUCUCCUAUACUCUAUGACUAAUUAGAUUAGGACAGUUACGAAAUGAUCUCUCUCUCUCUCUCUAUCUCACACAUUUUCUGUCUAUCUGUUUGUCCGUCCGUCUGUCUGUCUACCUGUUUAUCUGUCUAUUUUUAUCUGUCGAUCUGUCCGUCUCUCUAUUUUGCCGUUCCGUCAACAGUGAUCCUCUUCACACCGAUCGAACUUCGAUACGAACACUUCUGUCGUCAGCUCUCUCUAACUGUCUCUCUGCCCUUCUUUCCUUCUUCGUCUCUUUCUCCAUAUUUUCCGUUAGUUCUCUCUCUCUCUCUCUCUCUCUCUUAUUCUUUCUUUCUUGCUGUUUCUUUCUUUCCUUCUUCCUCUUUUUUUCCAUCUUUUCUCUAUUUUCCUAUCCGCCUACCUUUUUCUCCGUUUUGCGUUUUGAAACUGUGACUUUACUUGAACCGAAGAGAUGGUCUUUUACUUACUCUAGCCAGUGUUCUAGUCGAUUUAACUUUUACUCAACUGUUGUUCUCUCGUUAAUAAAAAUUCCGACAAAAAAAAAAGCAAAACAAGAUACAGAAAAAAAAUACAACACAUAUCCCGGCACUUUUUUUAAUUUCCUUCUCAACAAUCGGCACGAUCUGAUCGGCAUUCUAUCGGUAUCAUCCCGUUCUCAUGCGUCUUUCACGACGGCAAGAAAAGGAAAAAAGAGAACAUAAAUCACUCGCUCUCAUCGUUUGUCGCCUACAUAAUAAAGUCUAGAAGCGCGGAGGGUAAACGUGGUGUGAAUGUGUGCAUUUUCUGUAAAUAACGACAUAACUUACAUAAGCAUGUAACAUCCUCAUCGUAGCAUUGUCAUUGUAAGGGAAGAAGAGAACGGUCAAAGGGGGAAAAGAAAACCUUGUAAGGAGACGACGGACUUCGAGAAAUUGGAUUCGAUCUCGAUUCAAAAUUUUCGGGAAUGCGGGAAAAGAAAUUGCAAAAGGGAAUUUAACAUUCCAUCCUUCUUUCCUCGUUCCGUUUUCUCGAGCAUUCCGACAGAGAGAUCGAGUCCUCCUCGGUUCCGUUCUCGCAGGGGGGAGGGGGGAAGAAAAGGAAAGAUUAAAAGGAGCACGGAGUUUCAUUGUAAAUAAGCGCGACUUUAAACCUUCGUGUCAUCGUCCCGCCAGUUUCCGAGGAAAAAGAAAAGAGGAGAGAAACGAAAAAAUCGCUUGCUUAAUCGGAAUAACAAAUGAAUGAUAAUCACCGCCUGUCUCAUUCUCACACGCAUACACACACAUACUAUCUCUCUCUCCCUCUCUCUCUCUCUCUCUCUCUCUGUCUCUGUCUCUCUUUCUCUUUUUCCCCUUUUCUCUCAUUCACCCUCACUCAUCGGAGCAUCAAUUGCAUCUCUUUACUCGACUGCAAAGCGGAAACGACUGUGAUCUAGAUUAGUGUUACACAUCGCAUGAAAAGGAGAAGAAGAAGACGAAGACGAAGGAGGAGAAAGAAACAAAAAAGAAAAAAAAAAGAACAAUCGAUCGAUCAGUGCUUAAAUGCGACAUCGACCAUGAUCAUGACAACGUAGAUUAUAAAUGUCUCGUAGCGAUUAAGUAUUUCUUAUGGACUCACGCAUAUACAUAAUAUAUAUAUAAAUAAAUGACAACAGAAAAUAUAAAUAUACAAAUAUAUAUACAUAUUACGCUGCGCAGAGAGAGAGGCUAUGCGAAAACGUUGGUACGUUCUUUUCUAUUUUUUUUUUUCUUUCCUUUUGUGGAGCAUUUGUGUAAGUAAUUUGCAUGUGAGGCAAGAGAAUGCAAACGCAUACAUGUAAUUGCAAUUAAUAAAGUAUACGUUGUAAAAUGUA